AUGUUAUGCAUGCAGCUGAAUCACGAUGUCACAAUGGAACCAGCUACCAUUGACAUGAAUUUCACGGAACGAACUGUUAUGGGCUCAGAACCUGAACUCUCAUCCACCAUCACAACUCGCCUCACCAUCUUCGAUCAAGCACUCCAACCGACUGCUAUGGCAAGGGCCGCGCCAACCGUCAUCCCGACCUCGACCCAAGUUUCUUCAGCUCCAGUGCGAAGACACAAACCUACGGCUUAUAGCAAGGGAACCGUGAUAAGAAAUGGGCCACCCUGGCUAGGUAGUGAUAGAGUGAGGAGAUGA